AUGAAGCUAGCCUACAAAAUCCUGUACUGCCAUGGCCUUGGCUCGUCGACAACGAACAGGACAGCGCAGUUUUUGACCAAAUAUUUUGCUGGUACUGGGAAUCAUGUGGAGCUACUCAACUACCGUAACCCAGGCAGCCACACCAAGCCGUGGCGGAUUAGCGAGUGGCGCGAGGAUAUUGAGAAUCGGAUAAAACACGAUGAAUGGAUUCUCAUUGCCAGUUCCGCGGGCGCCCAUUGUGCCAUUAAUGCAGCUAUCAGCCGGUCGAAGCAUGUAAAGGGCCUCUUCCUCUUUUCCCCAGGAUCGGCCCUGGACCUGCGAUACAUUGAAACGGUUCAACCUGGAGCUAAGAAAACACUGGAAAAUGGAGGCAGUAUAAUCCAUCCAGCCUCCAGAAAUGGCCAUGAAGCGCUGGUUGACCUAGUGGGCUUAAAGCAAUUUAUGGAAACCUGCGCUUCAAGAAGAGAAGGCCCAAUCCCAAUCGAUUGCCCGAUUUCAAUCCUUCAUGGCGAUAAAGACCCGCUAGUCCCCCACCAAAACUCGAUUCGCCUAGCCGAAAAGUUCAGCUCCCCGGAUGUCGAGCUGAAAAUCGUACCUGGUGGCAGCCACUUUCUGGAGAUGACCCCCGAGACGAUCGCGUUCUUCGAGCGGUUCCUGGCCCGAUUUUCGGUGGCCGAGAACGAGAGGGUGGCCGCGAAGAUU